CUCCCCGGUGCUGACGCCGCCGGUCACUUCCGGCCCGGGAGCGGCCAUGGGGCGGCGGGGCCGGCCCGGCCGGGGGCUCCGAGGGGCUCCCUCCCGCCGCCGUCAGAUCCUACAACUGAAAAGUGACGUCCUGACACCUGGGAGCAUGACAGACCUGGAAUGACUGGGGAGAAGCUGCUUUGCUUGGCCAUCCCUGAUCUUGUGUGCCCAUUAAAAGGUGCCGGCACUCGCAGUCAGCUUGCUCAAGGCUGGAAGGCUGGGCCUGGAUCUGCUCUGUACCUUUGAGGGAAACCUGGACCUGUCCUGCCUGCGCCCGAGGAGCCAUGGAGGACAAACGCAACAUCCCCAUCAUCGAGUGGGAGCACCUGGACAAAAGGAAAUUCUACGUCUUUGGCAUUUGCAUGACCAUGAUGAUCCGCGUGAGCGUUUACCCCUUCACGCUCAUCCGCACGCGGCUGCAGGUGCAGAAGGGCAAGAGCCUCUACAACGGGACUUUUGAUGCCUUUGUGAAAAUCCUGCGGACAGAAGGGGCGGCCGGGCUCUACCGAGGCUUCCUGGUGAACACCUUCACGCUGAUCUCGGGGCAGUGCUACGUCACCACCUACGAGCUGACGCGCAAAUACGUGUCGCGCUACAACAACAACAACGCCGUCAAAUCCCUGGUGGCCGGAGGCUCGGCCUCCCUGGUGGCCCAGAGCAUCACGGUGCCCAUCGAUGUGGUCUCCCAGCACCUCAUGAUGCAGAGGAAAGGGGAAAGCAUGGGCAGGUUCAAGGUGCAGAACCAGGAUGGCAAGCGGCUGCUGGUCUUUGGGCAAACCAAGGAUAUCAUUGUACAGAUUUUCAGGGCUGACGGCUUUCGAGGUUUCUACCGCGGUUAUGUGGCCUCGCUGCUCACUUAUAUUCCCAACAGUGCUGUCUGGUGGCCCUUCUACCACUUCUAUGCUGAACAGCUUUCGAGUUUGACUCCUAAAGACUGCCCCCACCUCCUUCUGCAAGCAAUAUCAGGGCCCCUUGCAGCUGCCACAGCCUCCACUCUCACCAACCCCAUGGAUGUGGUGAGGGCUCGGGUGCAGGUGGAAGGCAAGAGCUCCAUCAUUCUCACCUUCAAGCAGCUCAUUGCAGAGGAAGGCCCCUGGGGGCUGACCAAAGGCCUCUCUGCCCGCAUCAUCUCGGCCACUCCUUCCACCAUCGUCAUCGUGGUGGGCUAUGAAACGCUGAAGAAGCUGAGCCUGCGCCCAGAGCUGGUGGACUCAAGGCACUGGUAGAGGCAGCUGGGGGAGGAGAACCUUCCUGAGACCUCUCUGAGUUUGGACUCUUGCAGGGGAGAGCCUGGGAUGCCGCGCAGCUGCCGCGCCUUUGUCUCCGGCUGCUUUCACAGCACAAGGCAGAUGCAAAAGCAGCUGCACUUCACCUCUUUAGAUCUGAGUGUCAUGCAAUGGUUCUGCUGCUGGUUUCGCUUCAACUGUGACCUUUGGCAGUGCUCUUUGCCUGGAACAGUCCGUUCCAGGUGUGGGAAUGCAUCCUGGCAAGUUAGUAAUUCCUUUUUU